AUGGCUCCUUCCACUGCAACCUCAAACCAAAACCGUCGUCGCCCUCGCUCUCCUGAAUCGGACCCUCCAAAUUUGCGACACAGGAGAGCUCAAAUGCCCAACACCUCGGGGCCUUCUUCUAUGUCUCCAGCUUAUGUUCCUGGAGCUGUACCUCCUGGAGUUGUACCUCCUGGAGCCAGCCCUCAAGCAGCAGCGAACUCUUCAACUGCAGGGUCUGCGGCUCCUGCCCCCUAUGUCAGGAGAAGAGAAGAUGCUAUCCUACGUGCUCCAUCCAGACGUAACCAGCAACACCUCCAUCCUGAGUUGCUCAAUGGAGCAAUAUGUCAAAAUGACUCUACUGCUGAUACUCCAACUUCAAGGCGCCUUCUGCUCAACCAAGAAUACAUCAAGAGAGGACUAACCCACAAAGGCACCAUCUAUGGCCUUGGCAGUGUUCAGUACAAGAACGACACUCCUUCUGUUCCAGUUCAGGUCACACUGCAGCGCAACCUGGACGUGGAGAUGCGCCUAUGUAGUGUGGAGACAACUGUUGCUGAAUUCAAGGCUGAAAUCUGUGGUAUGAAGACUGAGUUCAAGGAGGAGAUGUCGGCAGCAAGAGCAAGUAUGGACAUGAUUCUGCAAGUUCUCCUAUCUCAAGGUCUCCAGCCUCGAGUUUUCGUUCCUACUGCCUCAACUACACAACCAAGUCAACCUCAAGCUCAGCCUCAGCCUCAAGCUUCCAUUCCUACUGCCACAACUGCACAACCAAGUCAGCCUCAGCCUCAGCCUCAAGCUCAAGGUCAGUCUCAUCCUCAGGCACAUCUCACCACUGAUAACCAAUCAGACUUAGAUAGGUGGUGCCAAAGAGAACUUGGUGUGUAA